AUGAUUGUUAUGAGUUGUUGUUGGGCUUUCGCCGCAACAGAAGUUAUUACCGCGGCGCGUGCUCAUAUUAAUGGGGAGAUAGUUCCCCUUUCGAAGCAACAUUUAUUAGAUUGCAUGUACACUCACUAUAACAAGCCUACUUGGUUUGAAUAUCUGGAAGAGAACGAAUGCUUUCCUUGUUCCUAUGCAAAGGCAUAUACCUUUGCUAGGGACCAUGGCAUAGUUAAAGAAGUAAAAUAUCCCUUUACUGAACAAAGGGGUGAGUGUCACGGCCCAUCUGAAGAGAUAAAAGGAUUUAAGAGAGUCAAUGAGAACUUGAACAAGAAAGCAAUAGAAAAUUUGAUUAAGCAGCAACCUAUAACUUGCGCUGUUCCUCAUGUUCCAAGUUUUAACGAUUUUCUCGGCGAGAAAGUAUACAUGGGCCCUACCAAUCUAAAAAAUGAAGCCACAAAGAAAUUGAUUGAAGAAGGUAAUUACAAGAAGCUAUGCAUAGCACUGUUAAUUGUUGGGUAUGGUGUAGAAGAUGGCGUGGACUUCUAUUUGGUGAAAAAUAGUUGGAGAAAGGAAUGGGGCCACAAGGGUUAUGCGAAGAUUGAACGUGGUGUGCUCUCUAACUUAUUUUAUCCCUAAUCUAUAGAUGAAUCUAUGGAUAGUACUAUCUUAUUAGUUGAACUAGCUAGCUACUUGUCAUUUCAUAGAGUAAUUUCUGAAAUACAGUGUUCAUGUUUGUUAAUUAGCAAGCUGGAAAUUUCCUAUGCUCAGAGAUUUAUUAUAUAUGUUAUUCCUAGUCUUG